AUGACCAUUCUCAAUUCAGUACUUUCCUCGCUCGAGUCACUCGGCACAGAGCUCUGCAGUCUGGACAUGUCCUACCCACGGCACAACCUCCUUUCGCUCAACAUUACGCAUACGUUCGAAAAAGACCCACACCCAUCCUUCACCGUGCGAUCCGCGCAACCGCACGAGGCCAAGCUCGUAGCUCCAGGAACCAAGGGCGUCUAUGAGGACAUGCUUGCGCGCAUUGGCGUUCAACACGCUAACCUCGGCGUAGAAGCCAAGGAUCUGGACGCACACGCCUUUGAGGAAUUCUACGACAAAACAGUCGAUUUGGCCGAUCUCUGCCAACUCUCCGAGGUCAACGAGAGGCUCAACCAGGUGGCGAACCAGUACCAGGAGUACGGGAUGCGGAAGGAGGAGCUGAGUGCGGAGCUGAAGCGCUUGGCGGUGAUCCCGCGCAUCCGCCAGCGAUUGGCAAGGCUGCCGCUGAUGCGGAGGGAGCUUGAGGAGGCAAGGGAGGGGAGGCAAGGCAUGGAGGCCGAGGCUGCGGAGGUUUUGAAAAGGGCGGAUACUGUGGACGCGGACAUCGCGUAUUUGCGCAUGGAGCAUGAUGUGGUGAGGGAGAGCGAGGAGCAGGCGCAGGCGCUGGUGCUGAGGAAAAAACAGGAGCUGGCGGCGCUGCGGCUGGAGGCGGAGAAUCGCCGCAGACUUUUAGAGGCCAGACGCGAAUCGUAUGCUCGCCGCCGACCAUUGACUGCACGCGAGCACGCUGAGCGCAUGCUGGGCGCCGUUCGCCAGCAGCAGCAGCAGCAGCAGCCGGGGGAUGCUCGGGAGGAGCUGCAUGUGAAGCGCGAUGCCAUGGUGAGGCGGCUCGCGGAGAUCGUCAGCAACUCAGAGGCGACCGAGCUGACCAACCGGUUCAUCGACAAGGUGUUCGCGGCUACCAUUGAUGGCGUGGCCAACGAGAGCGUGGACUCGCUGGAGGCGCGCAGAGUCAGCCGCCGGCUGUCUAUGGCUGGCGGCACGCCCUCGGGCCGGGUGCUGGCGGCGCAGCUUCUGUGUGUGCUGUAUUCAAGGCCCGAGGGCGUGCCGGAGGAGGAGCUGCGCGCGGCGAUUGCCGAGUUUGCCCGAGAGAGAGGGUGGAAUCCUGAGAUGGUCGUCCAGGCCAUGUACGAGGUCUUUGGAAAGAAGCUCGCAAAGAGGUAUCGCGAAAACCGAACCGCCCACUAUGUGCGGCUUUUGUGGGAGUGA